AUGCAAGAGCCUCUCCUGGAAACACAUUCACCAAGUAUAACAUUACUCAAGCAACAAUCUUUCAAUGAUCUUGCUCCAUCCCCAUCAUUUCAUCAAUCAUCUUCUAAUAUCAUCAAUGAAGCCAGACACCCUUCUUUUAUUAACCUCAUAGCCAACUUGAGCAUCGCGAAAACGAAGAUCAUUCACCGCUCUCGUUCUGCUCCGUCGAUUUUAUUCACUGACAAGAAGGUAGAUUUUCACGAGCCCUUUGAAAACAGACCUGCGUAUAAGUCGUCGACUUUACUCGUGUGGCUGUGUUUAGUUAUCGUUUUAUUGUAUUUGGCUGUUGGUGUAACGGUGUACAUGAUAAGCGGGAGUUUCAAGGGAACUACUACAUUUAGGCCUGUAGAUGCUGUGUAUUUUACAGUGGUAACUCUGUCCACUAUUGGAUACGGAGAUAUUGUUCCAGAUACCAUAUUUACGAAGAUGUUUACAUGUGGUUUCAUUUUGGUUGGUUUUGGAUUCAUCGGUUUUAUGCUUAAUGAGUUAGUUGUGUACAUUUGUGAUACACACGAGGCGUUCUUAUUGAGCAUGAUGGAUGAGAAUAGAUACAAGAAAAUUCUGACGACUUACAUGGUUGAUGAAGAGAAAGGAAGAAUGAGGAUAAGAACCAAAGUUUGUGUUGCUUCGAUUGUUGUUAUCGUCUGCAUUGCUAUUGGAACGAUUACAGCGCACUUUGUAGAGGAUCUGAAUUGGGCUGACAGUUUUUAUCUUUCAAUUACUUCUGUCACAACGGUUGGUUAUGGAGAUUUUUCUUUCAAAACUUUAGCUGGAAGAUGUUUCGCGAUUCUGUGGCUUUUGGUAAGCACGUUGGCAGUUGCGAGGGCGUUUUUGUACCUUGCUGAUUAUAGUCUGCAAAAGAGAAGCCGCGACAUGGCGAAAAGGGUUCUUCAGAAGAAGAUAACUUUGUCGGAUUUAGCAGCUGCAGAUCUUGAUAAUGAUGGAUCAAUCAGUAAAUCAGACUUUGUCAUAUACAAGCUUAAGCAAAUGGGGAAGAUUACUGAGAUAGACAUUCUACAAAUCAGCAAACAAUUUGAUUCCUUGGACCAUGGCAUAUACGGCAAGAUCACCCUAGCUGAUCUCAUGGAAACUGUGUAA